UUCCGGAACCCGCGGUUGUGCUUCCGGUGCGAAGGUCAGGGACAAGAUGGUGCCCCCGGUGCAAGUCUCUCCGCUUAUCAAGCUCGGCCGCUACUCCGCCCUGGUCCUCGGCAUGGCCUACGGAGCCAAGCGCUACAGUUACCUCAAACCUCGGGCAGAGGAGGAGAGGAGGAUAGCAGCAGAGGAGAAGAAGAGGCAGGAUGAGCUGAAGCGGAUUGAGAAGGAGCUGGCCGAAGCUCGAGAAGACAGCAUCUUAAAGUGAGAAGCGCCAGCAAGCGUGUUUCCCAGCCCCAUUGGAUGAGUAAAGCUUUGUUGUGUGAUUCUCUGCCUUCCUCUCCUUAUUGCCUUAGUUGU